UACUUAGCAAACCACAGCCACGCCUCCACAGCGGUCACUGUGCCGAAACCUAGACACCCUCUAGACCCCUGGAGCCUCUGUGCAGCUCGUACAGUCCUGAAAGAUCAACCCCCCUCCCUCUCCUUCCGUCACCACCACCCCUUCCCAUACCCCCCUAACCCCAACCCCUCCAUCCUCCUACUUUCCCCACCCUUCCUCAAUCCCCCAUCCUCACCAGGCAGCUAUCCCCACUGCCCUGCCAUCUCGCAGCAUUCCGUGGGCCCUGCACACAGAGGCCUAUUGUGUGCUCAGGGAGAUGGAGGCAGCGUACAGUUAGGGGAAACAGAGAAAUAGAAUGUCUAGAAUGGACAGGCUUUUCUUUUUUUGAGAACUCUGUUUAAUAAGUUUUACACACACACAGACAAGACAAAGCAAUAUAAAUAAUAUACUCAACUAGACAAAAAUACAAAUAAUACAUAUAAAAAAAAAAAAUAAAAAAAAAAAAAAUAAUAACUUUAAAGAUACCAUACUUUAGACAAGUUAAACACACCAGGCAGAAGGCUACAAAAGGUUAAAGGGCAAUCUCUAGUAUAGGGACAGAGCAAAUACCUCACCAUUGUUCCUGUAAACAGUUAAGGGAUGGGGUGGAGAAAUGCAACCACUCACAGACAGUCAAGGCCACAGACCAAUCAUCCACUGGACCAAAAAUAAAAAGUUACAAUGCUUUAAAAAUAAAAAAUGAAUAUUGAUAAUUUUAUGUAGGCGUGAACAGAAUUAAAAAAAUUAAAAUAACUGGGAAAAACAAGCUCACACCUUAGUCUCUGCCCGGGCGAGAUGAACAGGGCAUCCGCAGGUCACAAUCAAUAAGCACAUCAACCUUAAUGCCCCCCACCCCCACCCCAGAAAAAAAACACAGAGAAAUGCUCAUCCAACCCCUAAGUCACAGGGGGGUCAAAUAUAGACUUAUUUUGGUUUUAAUAGGAAUGCUAUCAGAGGAUGGACUGUUUAAAGUAAGACCGGAAUGGAGCCCAAGCCUCAUUAAACAGUUUGGGGUUCCCACGUGAAUUGAAUUUAAUUUUUUCUAGCUUCAUAGAGCACAACACAUCUCUCACCCAAUAUUUAUAAGAUGGGGGAGCUGCCAUCUUCCAGUUCUGUAGUAUUAGCCGUCUAGCUAAAAGAGUUGUAUAAGCAACAGUGUCCGACUGGAUUCUUGACAGGGGGGUGCUUAUGGGCAGUACUCCAAAAAGGGCUGUAAGGGGAGAGGGAUCUAUAACAGUGUUAUAUAUAUCAGAGAAACAUUUAAAUAUUAAUUCCCAGAAACCUGACAGUUUAUGACAGCCCCAGAACAUAUGCAACAGUGUGGCCGGUUCAAUUUUACAUUUGACACAGGUAGGAUCAAAAUCAGAGAAUAUUCUUCCAAGUCUGGCCCCAGACCAGUGGAUACGGUGAACCACCUUGAAUUGGAUGAGGCUGUGUCUAGUGCUAAAAGAGGACGAAUGCACCCUGCGCAGCACAGAUUCCCAGGUGUCUUCCCCAAGUUCCUCCCCCAAAUCCUUUUCCCAUCGAGUCUUUAAAGGCACCAAAGAAGGGUUCUGUAAGUCAUGAAUGAUUGCAUAUACAUCUGAAAUUGCGCCCCUAGGAAGCUUGUUCAGCUCCAGGAUGCUCUCUAUAGCUGUAUUCACAGGCCUAUGGGGAAAUUCAGGUGUGUUAGCUCUGACAAAGUUCCUAGUCUGGAGAUAGCGGAAAAAGUGGGAUUGGGGGAGGUUGAACCUUUCCUGUAGCUGAGCAAAAGAGGCAAAUGUAUCAUCAAAGAAUAAUUGGGCUAGUGAGGAGAGGCCUAGUGAGUGCCAGAUGUCAAAAGCCCCAUCAUUCAAAGAUGGAGGAAAUAAAAUGUUCUGAUUGAUUGGGCCUGAUAGAGAAAAGCCUCGGAGGCCAAAGGCUAAGCGGAACUGAUUCCAAAUUUUAAGAGACUGCUUUACAAUUGGGUUGACACACCUUUUGCCAAGGGACACUGGGAGAGACGAGCACAACACAGAAGAAAGUGCAGCAGGUUUACACGAUUCAGACUCCAUCUGGACCCAGAUUGGUCUAGGGCCAGUAGGAUCAGUCUGCAGCCAGUACAGAAGGGCUCUGAAAUUUGCAGCCCAAUAGUAUGUCUGAAAAUUUGGUAGAGCUAAACCCCCCAAUGACUUAGGCUUCUGUAAAUGUUUCCUACCAAUCCGUGGUACCUUGCCAUCCCAAAUAAAAUGCAUGAAUGUUUGAUCCAGUGAAAUAAAAAAAGACUUUGGAAUAAAAAUGGGUAGACAUUGAAAUAAAUAUAGAAAUUUGGGCAACACACUCAUUUUAAUGACAUUAAUCCUUCCGAUAAGAGAAAGAGGUAGCGCUUUCCAAAAAGCAAAAGAUUGUUUCAAACUGUCUGCUAGAGCAACCAAGUUUUCCUGAAACAGAUUUGAAUAUUUCCUUGUCACUUUGACUCCCAAGUAGGUGAAUUGAUCCCGGACAAUCCUAAACUGAGAGCUUGUAAAAGAGCACUUUAAAGCAGCCUUGUUUACAGGAAAAAGCUCACUCUUGCCUAGAUUCAGCUUGUACCCUGAGAUUGAUCCAAACCUUUUAAGAACAGAUAAGGCGCGUGGCAAUGAGGUAUCAGGGUUAGAGAUAAACAAAAGGAGGUCAUCCGCAUAUAGCGAGACUUUCUGCUCUGAGCCCGUCCGGGUUAUUCCUUGAAUGGCAUCAUUAGAGCGUAAUGCAAUGGCGAGAGGUUCGAUUGCCAAAGCAAACAACAAGGGGGAGAGUGGACAGCCCUGUCUGGAUCCGCGGUGCAAGGGAAAAUAGUCAGAGGACAAGUUGUUAGUCCGUACCGAAGCCAUGGGGGAAAAAUAAAGAAUCUUUAUCCACGCAAUGAAUUUGGGGCCAAAGCCAAAUCUAUAAAGGGUGGCUGUUAGGUAAUCCCACUCAACGCGGUCAAAUGCUUUUUCUGCAUCAAGUGAGACCACCACCUCUGGGUCCUCCGACGCAGGGGAGUACAGUAUAUUCAUAAGGCGCCUAAUAUUGAAAAACAAAUGCCUAUUUCUCACAAAGCCAGUCUGGUCAGAGUGUAUUACUUGAUGCAGCGAGCCUUCCAUACGGAUGGCUAAAAGCUUGGCUAGGAUUUUGUAAUCACAGUUUAAAAGCGAGAUUGGGCGAAAGGAUCCACAUUCCAUAGGGUCUUUGUUUUUCUUUAAUAGUAAUGAAAUUGAAGCUUGAUAAAGACUAGGCGGUAGCUUUGAGGUAUUAAGGCACUCUGCAAAUAGUCGAAACAAGAAUGGGCAAAGCAGACCAGAAAACGUCCUGUAAAAUUCGGUUGGAAAACCAUCCGGACCCGGUGAUUUACCGCUUUUCAUUGCGGACACUGCUGUUGCAAUCUCCUCAGGUGUAAAUUCUUCUUCUAGAUAGUCAUGGGUGUCUGUAUCAAUUGAAGGCAUAUUCAGGCCAUUAAAGAAGGAAUCAAUCAGCAAAGGGUCUUGAGGGGAUUCAGAGGUGUAUAGCGCAGAAUAAAAUUGUUUGAAUUGAUCAUUGAUCUCUUUAUGUAUAACUGUGGUGGCACCAGACGGGGUCCUUAUUUGUGGGAUUAAACGUGAGGCCUCAGAUUUACGGAUCUGAUGUGCAAGGAGUUUACUGGCCUUGUCGCCUUGUUCAUACACUCUGUACCGAGCUCGCAAGAGUAGCUGUUCAGCUUGCCUGGUAGAAAGCUCAUCAAAUUCAGAUUGGAGUAGUUGGCGCUCUUUAUGCAGAUCAGAGGAAGGAACCGUGGCAUACUUCUCAUCCAAUGUGGCUAUGGAUUCGCUCAGGUCCCGAAGUCGCUGAGAGCGAACUCUGUUUUGGUUGGCUGUAUAAGAAAUAAUUUGGCCACGUAGGUAUGCUUUGAGAGACUCCCAUAUGGUAGAGCAGGACAUACCUGGUGUUGAAUUAGUUUCUAGGAAUAAGGUGAUUUCAGAAGAAAUGAAAUUGACAAACUCCUUAUCUGAGAGUAAAAUGGGGUUAAGACGCCAUUGAUAACACAUAGGAGGUCGCUGGGGAAACUCUAGUUCAAGCACUAAUGGAGAAUGGUCCGAAAUAACAAUACUCUUGUAAGUACACUGCCGAAGGUUAGGCAAAAGUUUUUUGUCCAAAAAGAAGUAAUCAAUUCGGGAGUAUGUUUGAUGAACAUGAGAAUAAAAGGAAUACUGUCUAUCUGUAGGAUGUAGGAAACGCCAGGCCUCAAACAUGGCAUAUUUCUGAAGAAAGGCUUGAAUAAGUAGGGCACAUUUAGAUGGGCCUGUAGUUGUUCGUGAGGACUUGUCAAGAACUGGGGACAUUUUGCAGUUGAAAUCCCCCCCUAAAAUCAAUAAAUGAGAGUCUAAAUUGGGUAUAGCAGACAAAAAGGAAGAAAUGAAACUUGUGUCAUCCCAAUUGGGAGCAUAAACACUAGCCAAAACAAGAGGGGUAGAAAACAGUUUACCGGUUACUAUGACGUAUCGUCCCUUAGGAUCAGCGAUAACCUCAGAAGCUACAAAGGGAGUGACUUUAUCAACCAAAAUGGCAGCCCCUCUUGAUUUACUAUGAAAGUUAGAGUGGAACACUUGACCAACCCAGUCCCUACGCAUCCUGAAGUGCUCACCAGUCCUCAAGUGAGUCUCUUGUAGAAAUGCAACAUUUGCAUUCAAACCCUUUAAGUGUGUCAACACCCUCUUACGUUUCACUGGGUUAUUAACCCCUUUGGUGUUCCACGAAAUGUAUUUGAUCGCAUUGUUUCGGCCCCUCUGGGCAUUCCCGUUAUACAACCCCGUCAUUAGAGCAUAGAAUGGAAAAGCAAUGAGCGCCCAGAAACCCCAGAAUAACUUGUCUCAGAGUAAUAAUGUACGGUGGUAGAUGUUGAGAAAAAGUACCGAAAAAAAAACAAAAAAGACAGAAUGACAACAUUAGAACUGAACAAUUCAACCCCUCCCCCCCACCCCCUCCCCCCAUCCCAGACAGUACCUCCCCAAACGAGGUACAAGCCUAAAUAGAGCAUGUUCUCUUCGCACAGUAUGUCUGUGAGAGUGCGGUCUUAAACCUAAACCCACAGUCCCGCUCUUUAAAGUCGUGUUUUGUUAGUGGAUCAAACAGCAAAAAGAGAUAAUCAUUUUUUAAAUAAAAGAGAUUAAGGUGAAUCCCUUGUGCAGACGAAAUUACAAAAGCACCACUUGUAGAUGUAUAUAAUUAUAUUCCCAGUCUUAUAACAGGCAUUUGAGAGGGAAAAUAAAGAAAAUAAAUAGAAUGUGUAACGGCUCUCAGCCGAAAACCUAAUUUGAAGUAAGGAAAUCGUAGUAAGACAAUCAAAAAUGAUAAUAAUAAUUAUUAUUAUAAUAGUUGUCUAGUUGAAUGCUGAGACAGCUUACAACCAAGACCAAAAAACUACGUGUGCGCAACGUUUAACGCUUGCUGGGCAUAAAUGACGCUCUGAGCCUUAAAAUUUAAGUGAAGACCCCAAAAAAACGUGUCGCCUCGGGAAGCAUUUACUGUUUACUGGGUCAAUGCAAACGGAUGCAGUAAGCAAAUAACCAAGAAUAUUUUGAGUCACUGAGACACUAUGUAAACAAACUGAAUAGGUGAGCAAGACAGCCUAGAAAACACAGGAGUAUAGUAAAACCGCAAUACAAUGAGAUUAAAAUGACUGAAUGCUUGUAAGGCAAGCACACUAGAUGAUCAAAACAUUAGAUCACAUCAAAUAAGCCUGAAUGGGUACGCCAACCCCCCAACUAUACAAAAUUAGCAUGUUGUAGCUAAACAUAGUUGUACCACAGGUGGGUUACUUACUAUCCACAGUUCGCUAGCAACAGUUGCUGAUCUAUGAGCAAGUUCAAGACUUCUUGAUGUGACGUUGAAUGUGAGAGAGAGCCUCAUCCGGAGAUUCAAAUGUGUAGUCUUUACCAUCAUGAGAUAGCCAUAAACGGGCCGGGAAUCGCAGUCCGUACUUCACACCUGGAUGGUCCCGAAGUAGUCGUUUGGCCUGUCCGAAGGCUGCGCGCUGCCUGGAAACAGUGGGGGAGUAGUCCUGGUAGAUGGAGGACCUCUGUCCUUGAAAGCUCAGAGUGGUAUUGCGGGCUCGUCGGAGAAUCUCCAUCUUCUCAUGGAAAAAGUGCACUCGAAGAAUUAUGUCACGGGGCCUCUCCCCCUCCCGGGGCUUUGGGCGCAGCGACCGGUGGGCACGAUCAAUCAGGGGCUUUUCAUCCAAGGCUAGAACAUCCUUCAGCAGCCCAGAAACGAAAUCCGUGGCGCGAGGCAUUUCCGCUGACUCUGGGACUGAUACAAGUCUCAGGUUAUUGCGGCGAGAGAAUCCCUCCAAACUUACACAGCUCUCCUUCACCUUUUUCAAGUCCGCAGCUAGGCGUUUCACGUCAGCCUCCAGGGAUGUAGUUAAGUCGGAGACAUUUGUAGCGAAGGUCUCCAGUGCUGCGAUCGUUGUAGUGUGCGACUCCAUUGUUGUUUUGAGUGAUGCGAUUGCCGGCACUGUCUCGUUCCGCAGGAUGGUUAAAUCUGCUUUUAAAGUAUCAGAAACCUCCUUUAUUCGGGCCUCAAUCGUAGCAACCACCUCCGUUUUCAUUUCAACUAUCUCAGAGCGUAGUAGUUUGAUGGCCUCGAGAAUGUUCACUUCAGCGCCGCCAGGCCAAGCCGCCCCCCCGGGUAGAGUAUCAGUCCCCGGGUCGUCAGGCUCAGGGGAGGGCGGUGAUGAGAGUGUGUCUUGUAGGCCGGGUUUUCUCAAAGUCAUGCUUUUGGCCUUAUGUUUCGUCGACAUGCUGAUAUUUGGAAGUAAAGUAGUCUUGGUUUUUACGGGAAGGGAUCACCAAAAUAAUAUAUGAAAAUAAAUACGGUUUUGCUGCAAAAUUCACAUAAACUUUAAAAAUACCACGGGAGCAAACGGAAAACACGUCAGUCGCACAUGGCGUCCCUCCAAUCCCCCUGGACAGGCUUUUCUAUCACAGGUUUAGUUCUCUGGAUGGACCUAGGCGACCAGUGUGGUGGCACAGUUGAAUUGACCCAUUGUUGUAAUCUAAAGGUAUAGAAUAGUUGGCCUACAUUGAGAAAUGCAGCAGUGUGUAUCAGUAAAACUGAACAUUCCAAAUAAGUCCCCAAAAUGGCCGUCUAGUAGGCAAACAGUUGAACGAUGCCUUCAGUGCAGAUUGCAGUGCUAUAUAUUCCAGUUCAAUGUUAGGUACUUCUGAUUCCCCAUCAUCAUGAUCACCUUUAAGAUGCAGUGGACAGAAGCAAGAAUUCCAUAUUCCCUUCGAGCCCUCUUCUCUUUCAUUCCCAAUCUCUCAUUUUCUCCUACAAUGUUUAUCUUAGAAAUCUGCCACUGUCAUCUGAGUUACCACCUCUGUAGUCUUUAUCAACCUCCUUACAUUUUAGUCAUUUAGCAGACGCUCUUAUCCAGAGCGACUUACAGUUAGUGAGUGCAUACAUGUUUUUUUUUUUCAUACUGGCCCCCCGUGGGAAACAAACCCACAACCCUGACGUUGCAAGCGCCAUGCUCUACCAACUGAGCUACAUGGGACCUUCUAUGGUAACAGUAAUGUGAGGAUGUGGAUUGGAAUCUGAGAGGAAGAAAAACUCUGAAUAGCGUUGAUGGGAUAUUAAGUGAUUGAGGGAUCCCGGAGUAGGUGGACCACCACCUAUGUAUGAUUGAAAACAGCUGCAUUUAUCAUAAAACCCUGCUAUGAAGUAAGAAGUGAUCACUACCUCCGUACCUUAUCAGUUUUCCUAACAAUUUACUAUAAUUAAUUUACAAUUACUAGAGUAAUUACUGAAUUACUACAAAGGUAUAAGAACAAUUUAAUGUAUAAUUUUAUACUUUUUAUGCUACUUGACCCGUAGCACUCACGUCUGUAGCCAUGAAGUGCUUUGAAAGGCUGGUCAUGGCUCACAUCAAAACCAUUAUCCUAGAAACCCCAGACACUCCAAUUUGCAUACCGCCCCAACAGAUCCACAGAUGAUGCAAUCUCUAUUGCACUCCACACUGCCCUUUCCCACCUGGACAAGAGGAACACCUACGUGAGGAUGCUAUUCAUUGACUACAGCUCUGCGUUCAACACCAUAGUGCCCUCAAAACUCAUCACUAAGCUAAGAACCCUGGGACUAAAUACCUCCCUCUGCAACUGGAUCCUGGACUUCCUGACGGGCCCAGGUGGUAAGGGUAGGUAACAACACAUCUGCCACGCUGAUCCUCAACACGGGGGCCCCUCAGGGGUGCGUGCGCAGUCCCCUCCUGUACUCCCUGUUCACCCAUGACUGCAUGGCCAGGCACGACUCCAACACCAUCAUUAUGUUUGCCGACGACACAACAGUGGUAGGCCUGAUCACCGACAACGAUGAGACAGCCUAUAGGGAGGAGGUCAGAGACCUGGCCGCGUGGUGCCAGGAUAACAACCUCUCCCUCAACGUGAUCAAGACAAAGGAGAUGAUUGUGGACUACAGGAAAAAAAAGAGGACUGAGCACACCCCCUUUCUCAUCGACGGGGCUGUAGUGGAACAGGUUGAGAGCUUCAAGUUCCUUGGUGUCCACAUCAUGGUCCAAACACAACAAGACAGUCAUGAAGAGGGCACGCCAAAGCCUAUUCCCCCUCAGGAGACUGAAAAGAUUUGACAUGGGUCCCCAGAUCCUCAAAAAGUUCUACAGCUGCACCAUCGAGAGCAUCCUGACUGGUUGCAUCACUGCCUGGAAUGGCAACUGCUCAGCCUCCGACCGCAAGGCACUACCGAGGGUAGUGCGUACGGCCCAGUACAUCACUGGGGCCAAGCUUCCUGCCAUCCAGGACCUCUAUACCAGGUGGUGUCAGAGGAAGGCCCUAAAAAUUGUCAAAGACUCCAACCACCCUAGUCAUAGACUGUUCUCUCUGAUACUGCAUGGCAAGCGGUACCGGAGCAUCAAGUCUAUGUCCAAAAGGCUUCUUAAUAGCUUCUACCCCCAAGCCAUAAGACUCCUGAACAGCUAAUCAUGGCCACCCGGACUAUUUGCAUUGUCCCCCCCCACCCCACCCCACCCCCUCUUUUUCACGCUGCUGCUACUCUGGUUAUUAUCUAUGCAUAGUCACUUUAACUCUACACACAUGUACAGUGAGGGAAAAAAGUAUUUGAUCCCCUGCUGAUUUUGUACGUUUGCCCACUGACAAAGACAUGAUCAGACUAUAAUUUUAAUGUUAGGUUUAUUUGAACAGUGAGAGACAGAAUAACAACAAAAAAAUCCAGAAAAACGCAUGUCAAAAAUGUUAUAAAUUGAUUUGCAUUCGUAAUCACAGAGGUCAGAUCUUUCUUGUAGUUGGCCACCAGGUUUGCACACAUCUCAGGAGGGAUUUUGUCCCACUCCUCUUUGCAGAUCUUCUCCAAGUCAUUAAGGUUUUGAGCCUGACGUUUGGCAACUCAAACCUUCAGCUCCCUCCACAGUUUUUCUAUGGGAUUAAGGUCUGGAGACUGGCUAGGCCACUCCAGGACCUUAAUGUGCUUCUUCUUGAGCCACUCCUUUGUUGCCUUGGCCGUGUGUUUUGGGUCAUUGUCAUGCUGGAAUACCCAUCCACGACCCAUUUUCAAUGCCCUGGCUGAGGGAAGGAGGUUCUCAUCCAAGAUUUGACGGUACAUGGCCCCGUCCAUCGUCCCUUUGAUGCGGUGAAGUUGUCCUGUCCCCUUAGCAGAAAAACACCCCCAAAGCAUAAUGUUUCCACCUCCAUGUUUGACGGUGGGGAUGGUGUUCUUGGGGUCAUAGGCAGCAUUCCUCCUUCUCCAAACACGGCGAGUUGAGUUGAUGCCAAAGAGCUCAAUUUUGGUCUCAUCUGACCACAACACUUUCACCCAAUUCUCCUCUGAAUCAUUCAGAUGUUCAUUGGCAAACUUCAGAAGGGCCUGUAUAUGUGCUUUCUUGAGCAGGGGGACCUUGCGGGCGCUGCAGGAUUUCAGUCCUUCACGGCGUAGUGUGUUACCAAUUGUUUUCUUGGUGACCAUGGUCCUAGCGGCCUUGAGAUCAUUGACAAGAUCCUCCCGUGUAGUUCUGGGCUGAUUCCUCACCGUUCUCAUGAUCAUUGCAACUCCACGAGGUGAGAUCUUGCAUGGAGCCCCAGGCAGAGGGAGAUUGACAGUUCUUUUGUGUUUCUUCCAUUUGCGAAUAAUCGCACCAACUGUUGUCACCUUCUCACCAAGCUGCUUGGCGAUGGUCUUGUAGCCCAUUCCAGCCUUGUGUAGGUCUACAAUCUUGUCCCUGACAUCCUUGGAGAGCUCUUUGGUCUUGGCCAUGGUGGAGAGUUUGGAAUCUGAUUGAUUGAUUGCUUCUGUGGACAGGUGUCUUUUAUACAGGUAACAAGCUGAGAUUAGGAGCACUCCCUUUAAGAGUGUGCUCCUAAUCUCAGCUCGUUACCUGUAUAAAAGACACCUGGGAGCCAGAAAUCUUUCUGAUUGAGAGGGGGUCAAAUACUUAUUUCCCUCAUUAAAAUGCAAAUCAAUUUAUAACAUUUUUGACAUGCGUUUUUCUGGAUUUUGUUGUUGUUAUUCUGUCUCUCACUGUUCAAAUAAACCUACCAUUAAAAUUAUAGACUGAUCAUUUCUUUGUCAGUGGGCAAACAUACAAAAUCAGCAGGGGAUCAAAUACUUUUUUCCCUCACUGUACAUAUUACCUCGACUAUAUUUUACAUAACACAUUUUUUCUUAAAACUGCAUUGUUGGUUAAGGGCUUGUAAGUAAGCAUUUCACUGUAAGGUCUACACCUGUUGUAUUCGGCGCAUGUGGCAAAUAAAAUUUGAUUUGAUUUGAUUUCAUAUAAUGAGAUAUUUUGCAAGCAAAGGGAAGUCCCAUUAUCUAUUCAAGUAGAAUAAAUGUGCUUUGGGGCUAUACACCUUUUUUUCUCUAAAGAUUGGCCCUUAAAUCAAGACACCUUCCCCUUAAACCAAUGCUGACCCUCCAUCUUCAUUCAUGUAACCAGGCCUUUGACCUGACUUGACCUGGUAAACUGGGAAUGUGUUAUGGAGAAGGAGAGUGUGCUGUGGUCUAUUGUCUCAAUAGAACAUAUUGUAGCAACCUUAACCCAACACCUAGUGACCUCGUCAAGAUGUUCGGACCUCUUGGCGUAACGAUUAAAGUGUUGGCUUGACAGUCACUGGACCCGGGUUUGAGUCCCUGUUGGGACUACCCCCCAAAUUCACUACAAUAUUAUUGGUUCAGCUGGGACAGGCACUUUAAAUUCCAGAGAGAUUAAUGUGAACUGGACUUUGCUGGGGUCAUCGGCAAAUUGGGCAUCCUUGAUGGUCAUUUAAAACAAAGCUAAUCUCUCUGACAGACAUUCAGAGCUAGCUGCUCGCUAUAGUUGCUUCAAGAAUAGACAAUAGCAUGGUCAGAAAUGAGGAUGGUAUUGGACAAUAUGCUUCCUAUGCUCUUACAUAACAACUGAUUUCCGAUCAACUCUCCCUUCCCCAAUCCUAACCUUAACCAAUAUUCACUAAACAAUAAAACUGUCCCUGGAUCAGUUGUUACAGUAAGAGCAGAACGUGACCCAGGGUGAGAUGGAUGGAGGGUUCAGGCUCUUUCUUCCCUGUAUGAGUAAUGAGGGGGCUCUCUAUUAGGUCAUGAUCCUGGAAGGACUGUGCCUUUCGACUCAACAAAGACCCGCUUUCAGGCUCUCUCACCUGGCCCUAUCUGCCACAGAGAGGUACAUGAUAAAGAUCAUACAUACAGACAUUUCAUCCCCUUUCAUCUCCAUCCACCACUGCAGGGCUUCACAAUGAAGAGAGUCUGACGUGUUAUCUUGUCUCUAUCAGGAAUGUUAUGGUUCUGGCGAAGAAGCGAACACUGCCAUGGCCCAUUCUGUUUGCCUGGAGGGGCUGUUGGGCAUCUGAACACAUUGUGGCAUGUUAGCAUUACUAUAUCAGCAACAAGCUCCAUGUAUUAGUGGACAUUACUGUCAUGAAGGGCAAUGUGGUCACAGGGCAAUGACGCUGCCACCACCAUGCUUCAUUGUGGGGAUGGUGUUCUAGGGUGAUGAGAGGUGUUGGGUUUGCGCCAGACAUAGCAUUUUCCUUGAUGGCCAAAAAGCUCAAUUUUAGUCUCAUUUGACCAGAGUACCUUCUUCCAUAUGUUUGGGGAGUCUCCCACAUGGCUUUUGGCGAACACCAAACGUGUUAGAUUAUUUUUCUCUUUAAGCAAUGGCUUUUUUCUGGCCACUCUUCCAUAAAGCCCAGCUCUGUGGAGUGUACGGCUUAAAGUGGUCCUAUGGACAGAUACUCCAAUCUCCGCUGUGGAGCUUUGCAUCUCCUUCAGGGUUAUCUUUGGUCUCUUUGUUGCCUCUCUGAUUAAUGCCGUCCUUGUCUGUUCCGUGAGUUUUGGUGGGUGGCCCUCUCUUGGCAGGUUUGUUGUGGUGCCAUAUUCUUUCCAUUUUUUAAUAAUGGAUUUAAUGGUGCUCUGUGGGAUGUUCAAGGUUUCGGAUAUUUUUUUAUAACCCAACCCUGAUCUGUACUUCUCCACAACUUUGUCCCUGACCUGUUUGGAGAGCUCCUUGGUCUUCAUGGUGCCGCUUGCUUGGUGGUGCCCCUUGCUUAGUGGUGUUGCAGACUCUGGGGCCUUUCAGAACAGGUGUAUAUAUACUGAGAUCAUGUGACAGAUCAUGUGACACUUAGAUUGCACACAAGUGGACUUUAUUUAACUAAUUAUAUGACUUCUGAAGGUUGCACCAGAUCUUAUUUAGGGGCUUCAUAACAAAGAGGGUGAAUACAUAUGCACGCACCACUUUUCCGUUAUUAAUUUAUUUGUUAUUUUUUUCAUUCCACUUCACCAAUUUGGACUAUUUUGUGUAUGUCCAUUACAUGAAAUCCAAAUAAAAAUCCAUUUAAAUUACAGGUUGUAAUGCAACAAAAUAGGAAAAACACCAAGGGGGAUGAAUACUUUUGCAAGGCACUGUACAUGUAGUUCAACUAGUAAUUUAACUACAUUUUGCAGUAGCUUGGUGGUGGUUGAACUAAAUAAAAAUCAACAUACUACUUUUUUUGCUCAAAUAAAAUAUGGGUGACGUAGGCAAUCAUUUACUUUCUCAGCAUCAGACCUGCCUGAUUAUCACUUGAAACAUUGUUUGUUGUGUUUAAUAGGAUAAAUUACACAUUCUGUUUUACAUGUGACCCCAAAGUGAUCUAUUCUUGCAAUUUAUAGUCUAUGACAUUUCAAAUGUACAUAUGAUAAUUUUUCACGAAGUAGUUUGGAUGAAGUGAACUACUUUUUCAAAGUAACUUUAGUAAAGUAAACUAUUUUUCCUUGGGUAGCUUUAGUGUAGCUUAACUUCUUCCAGUGUGAAGUAAUUGGUAGCUUGGUAAACGAUAUUUUCAGAGUAGAUUCCCAACACUGUUGAUGAGUAGCUACAGCUCGUUAUAGUUGGUUUAUAUAUUUUGUUCACUGUUUAAUUGUUUUCAAGCCAACAGUAUUACUGGAUAUUAACAACAUUUACUGGAAAUGCCGUCAACACGCCUACAGUUUUCAGCCCUUAAUAUCCAUUGCAAACAGUGGUGGAAGACAUCUUCUUUUAACUGGUUCUCACAGCCUCAUGUUAACUGGUCUUUGCCCAAAGAGGCCUCUUGUCGAAACUCUGACUGACCCUUAGUACACGGUCAUUGACUGGAGUGCUCUACACACCCAGAGAUUGCUUCAGGUCGUGCAAUAAUUAGAUACCCAUAAAGCCAUAAUCCAAGAAUCUUUCUAGAAUCUGACAGGUUAGAUUUAGUUAAUCCUCAGUGACACGCUGGCCAGUUCCAAUGCCUUCAGCGCUCCCUACAGUAGUUCACACCAUGGUCCACUUAAUCUACCCUCAACUCCUAUUGUUAGCAACGUUUUUUUUUGUUUUUUUUUACACAUGUAGGUUUGUUUCAGGGCCAGAGGAUGAACACCAUGUUUAGUAACAAAGGUGUGUAACAAUUUUUAUAAUUCUUAGAGAAAGAGGCAGAGACAAUUCUCUGUUCAAAUGUUGAAAUUUUAGGCCUACAACAUUUGCCAUGCACAACCAAUGCUGAGUGUGAGGGCCUGUAUAGGCAGACAGCUCAGCAGUUUAAUUCACUUUCAGGUGUGAGUGACAUGAUUGACAGUCGGCUAGGCAAACCAAGUGAGGAGAUCUGAUUCCAACCUUCCUCUUGGGAGAAUCCAUGGACUUUCAAGCACUAUUUCAGAGAUGUGUGGGAUUUAACCAGCUAACUUCACACAGGAGCUGAUCUGUUUCUCACCUGUAUGGGUCCUAGGGAGUUGACAUAAAUUGCAACUGUAUGUGACAUAAUCAGAGCUACACUACCAUUACCACAUCAAUAGUAAUUUAUUCAGAUCACAUAUUAGGUUAUUGAGUUACAAAUGUGUAUUAAUACACCCAUAAAAUAGAGUUGGCUAUUUUACAUGCCAAUAAAAUGAAGCCAAUGAAUGAGUGUAGACCUACUCUUAUCCAGUGAAGGCCUCAAUGCACCUCGCCACCUGCAAACGGUAAAAUCAUAAUUAUGUUGUUGACGACUUUCUUAAUAGGUCUAGGCCUACCUCAAAUAUUCUAAUCUCCAUAUUGUGAAGCUGUCUAUCGAUAUGAGUUUGGCAGGUGAGUGGCCAUACACUCCAUGCUAUUGUAAUGGGGUGUUGGGAGAGAACCAAAAAGUGUGACUUACAGGUAGCCUACCUCAUCUCCACAUGUCACAGGAGGAAUGGGAGAGAGAGGUCCCUGGGAGAAUAGAAGCUGAUAGAGUGGAGGGGAGGGAGAUGUGGGUUGAGUUUCAGCUCCACUGGGGGUCGGGGGGAGGACUGGUAUUUUGGAAUAUACGAAGAUUCGUAGAAGGCACAGUGGACAUAAAACUGCGGUUCUUGCUCUGACGCGGUGGGUGUAAAGUGCCGUCUGGGGCCCCGCGUUGGAUUCCACUUCGAUUUUGGAAGGUUGACUGCAUGGUUCCCUUGUAGUCUCUGGGAACACACAAUUACACACCACUGAGAGAGCUGCGUCUGCUCUGUCCCAUCUUUUUUCUCACCCAAGGUCCUGCAUGUCUAAUAUUUAGACAUGUUCAGCUUUGUGGAUUCACGGACUGUUCUGCUACUCGUAGCAUCCCAAGUUGUUUUACUAUCCAUUGUCAGAUGUCAGGAAGAGGAUGACCGUAAGUUGCAUCUUUCUGUUGAAUCUUCUUUUGCAAAAGUUUGGAUUCUUCUGAUGAUCGCAUUUUAUCAACUCAUCUUUUUCUUUUUGUACGUCUGUGGCACUACCUUGGCAUUUCAACUUUACAGUUUCUGCACAAUUCUCGCCUGCAAAAUGAAUAGGCAGAGUGUUGAAUGUAAAACUGCUGCAAACAAGAUAUGAUAUACAAGAUAUAUCAACAUUGACAUUGAUGGAGGGGCACAAACUCAGAAAAGUAUCUGUCUGUCAUUGGUGGAAUUGUACAAUUAUGAAUUACAAUUCUUGCAGAUACAAUUCAGAGAUUAAAUAUGAUUUAUCUGGACUGUUAUACAGUCCAUGAUAUCAAAUUAAGAAAUUACUAUUUAAAUAAUGGUAUUGAAUUGAACAGUAUAUCCUAAUACUGGUUUGAUUUUGACAUAGUUAAUAACAAUAUUUUAAUUACAUUGUAAGUGUCUGCAGAUAUACAGGGCCUAUGCAUUGAAAGAGUUGACAUUCCUUUUGGGAGGAUAGGUGAGGCUAUCAAGGCACAUCUGUGUGGGAUGGAGGACUAGGUGAACAAGUGUCAGUUUAUUUCACUACUGGAUAUUCACUGUGGAACCCGUCGCUGCACAAGCGCUCUCUCUAGUUGUGGUGCCAGUAUUUAACAGCACAAAUCUAUUUACAUCAGACAGACACAGUGGCUCUCUUGAGAUGCUUUGGCAGUUCCAGAGAUUUUUAGGCAAUUUAGAUAACUUUUACUGUUGUCCAGCGUGGCAUUUACCCUCCUGAGAAAACAACAUGAUCAGUUCUGAUUUCAAAUGAAUAGUUAUAUUGUUUAAGGUGACUAUUUGUUAGAAUAGAGUGAUUGAAAUUGCUUGAGUUUCUGGGUGGUGGCUGAAAUACAGUAGAUGACAUAGUUCAUAAUUUAAAGAGACAGGGUCAGACACAGAUUGACCCCAGACUAGUAGGCUCAAAGGGUAGCAGGAAGUGAAAGGCAGUUGGUCACUUAAUGAGAGAGGAGUGGGUGUUUUAUGAAGAAACUAUGGAACAGGAUACUCUCUGUAUGUUGCUAGAGAGAUGGGCUAUACUACAUCAUGCAAUGUGUAAUAUAUAAUGUGCUGCUUUACAAUCAACAUAUUCAUGGCCCUGUGUUACAUAGCCUCUCAUUUUUCAUCCAUUUAGUACUUCAAAUAACAGCAUGUAGGGGCCACAUGCCCAGUGUGCUGGUAGUUUUAAGCAUUUAGUAAUGAAUUAGGGAUUGUGUGUCCAUAUAUAUAUAUCUCACCACAACUCAAAGAAAAGUUGUGGAACACAUCUUAUGUGGGGAAAGCUUAAAUGGACUACUCAUGUUAUAUAGUAUAGUUUGGUAGCAGGUACGUGCUAAGAACCACUUUCACACUAAUGCAAGAAAAACAAAUAGUUGUAUUUAGCCUAGCAGGCCAAUCCUUAGACCUUUUGCAUGAAAGCUCCCCAUUCUCAAUUCUCCAAUGUGUUUGAACUGGUGCUUGACCCAGCUAUGAGAUCCAGAUGGAGAAUUUUAAAAGGACCCCCUGUUUACUUAAGGCAGCAGCUUGUCAAUUGGGCACAGUCUCCCAAUGUGAGGGACUCAUUCAUGCAGGUCCAUUGGUCACCAGAGAGUGCAGCAGGCCUACAGGUUAAAUAUACUUACUCCACUGCGCGAAAUACCUACUACUGGCUUUAAAUGGCACUGCUAAAUGUACUCUUUGUUGGUUGCAUUGAAGCUGCUUCCUGCAUAUGAUUACUGUAAUCUGAAUGGAUGUUUUUGGUGCUUUGGCUUCUUUCUAAAUCUAGCAGUUUGGGUGUAGGAUAAAUAAACCUGGGGGAGGCUUCCUGAGAUGUGCUGCUUUAUGAAAAUAAACCACAGGCUGGUGGUUAGAUCUUGUGAGACUGAGGCCCCCAGGUAAAACCAAUGUCCCGAAUCAGCACCCAUCCAGACCAGUGCCUUGAAAGAUCCUGUCUGCUCAUGCUGCCAAUCCAUGUUGUAGCAUUUUGAGAUUAGUCUAUUAGUGCUAAUACCUGGAUAUGAUGGACAUAUUGAUGCCAUACGUUUUUGAUUAAUUAUGCUGAUAUGCUUCUGUCUUUAAUGUGGUUGAUAAUUAAUGAUUUUGUGUGAUGCUGGACAUUGAUGUGUGAAAACUGUUGAUAGUCCCCCAUUGGGGGUGGAGACUCCCUCAAGCGUUGUGUGAAGUCAUGUGUGUGAGAGUGUUGUGAUGCUGUGCAUGUGGUGUGAAUGAGGCCUCAUGUUAAGCUGAUAACUUGUGUCUCUCUCCCUCCUCCUCCCAACUGCCACCACUCACCUCCACCCCCGUCUCUCUGUGACCCCCACCCCUCUCCUCCACCCCAUCUUGCCCGCAAUGCCCAUCCUGCUCGCCCUCUACCUUAUCCUGCCAAAAAAAAGACCCAUGGCCCCCCUCAUGCUCCCUCCUCCUCACCUAUCUACUAUGAUCACUGUUGUGCCCCCCCCCCCCCAUCCUACCACCCACACAUCCCUGUUUACCCCUUUCCUGACACUUCCCCCAUCCACCACUACCCUCCACCCCAUCUCUGCCCCAUGCCCUCUGUACCACUCCCUGGUGAUGGCCACAGAGGGGGCAGGGAGCUGCAUCCAGGAAGAACAUCGCUAUAAUGAUAAGGAUGUGUGGAAGUCAGAGUCCUGUCGUAUCUGUGUGUGCGACAGCGGGUCAAUGCUGUGUGAUGAGAUAAUCUGCGUGGAGAUAAAAGAGUGUGCCAACCCCAUCAUCCAACCCGGAGAGUGCUGCCCUAUCUGCCCUGCUGCCCCCACUGGUUGGAAUUUAUUUGGAUUCAUCAGACCAAAGGACAGAUUUCCACCAGUCUAAUGUGCAUUGCUCAUGUUUCUUGGCCCAAGCAAGUCUCUUCUUAUUAUUGGUGUCCUUUAGUAGUGGUUGCUUUGCAGCAAUUCGACCAAGAAGGCCUGAUUCACGCAAUCUCCUCUGAACAGUUGAUGAUGAGAUGUGUCUGUUACUUGAACUCUGUUAAGCAUUUAUUUGGGCUGCAAUCUGAGAUGCAGUUAACACUAAUGAAUGUAUCCUCUGCAGCAGCGGUAACUCUGGGUCUUCCUUUCCUGUGGCAGUCCUCAUGAGAGCCAGUUUCAUGUAGCUCUGUAGCUCAGCUGGUAGAGCACGGCGCUUGUAACGCCAAGGUAGUGGGUUCGAUCCCCGGGACCACCCAUACACAAAAAAAAAAUGUAUGCACGCAUGACUGUAAGUCGCUUUGGAUAAAAGCGUCUGCUAAAUGGCUUAUUAUUAUCAUAGCGCUUGGUGAUUUUUGCGACUGCACUUGAAGACAGUUCUUGACAUUUUCCGGAUUGACUGACCUUCAUGUCUUAAAGUGAUGAUGGACUGUCAUUUCUCUUUGCUUAUUUGAGCUGUUCUUGCCAUAAUAUGGACUUGGUCUUUUACCAAAUAGGGCUAUCUUCUGUAUAGCACCCCUACCUUGUCACAACACAACUGAUUCGCUCAAACACAUUAAGAAGGAAAGAAAUUCCACUAAUUAACUUUUAACAAGGCACACCUGUUAAUAGAAACGCAUUCCAGGUGACUACCUCAUGAAGCUGGUUGAGAGAAUGUCAAGAGUGUGCAAAGGGUGGCUACUUUGAAGAAUCUCAAAUGUGCAGUAUCUCACAAAAGUGAGUACACCCCUCACCUUUUUGUAAAUAUUUGAGUAUAUCUAUAACCCUGAAGAAAUGACACUUUGCUACAAUGUAAAGUAGUGAGUGUACAGCUUGUAUAACAGUGUAAAUGUGCUGUCCCCUCAAAAUAACUCAACACACAGCCAUUAAUGUCUAAACCGCUGGCAACAAAAGUGAGUACACCCCUAAGUGAAAAUGUCCAAAUUGGGCCCAAUUAGCCAUUUUUCCUCCCCGGUGUCAUGUGACUCGUUAGUGUUACAAGGUCUCAGGUGUGAAUGGGGAGCAGGUGUGUUAAAUUUGGUGUCAUCGCUCUCACACUCCCUCAUACUGGUCACUGGAAGUUCAACAUGGCACCUCAUGGCAAAGAACUCUCUAAGGAUCUGAAAAAAAGAAUUGUUGCUCUACAUAAAGAUGGCCUGGGCUAUAAGAAGAUUGCCAAGACCCUGAAACUGAGCUGCAGCACGGUGGCCAAGACCAUGCAGCGGUUUAACAGGACAGGUUCCACUCAGAACAGGCCUCGCCAUGGUCGACCAAAGAAGUUGAGUGCACGUGCUCAGCGUCAUAUCCAGAGGUUAUCUUUGGGAAAUAGACAUAUGAGUGCUGCCAGCAUUGCUGCAGAGGUUGAAGGGGUGGGGGGUCAGCCUGUCAGUGCUCAGACCAUACGCCGCACACUGCAUCAAAUUGGUCUGCAUGACUGUCGUCCUAGAAGGAAGCCUCUUCUAAAGAUGAUGCACAAGAAAGCCCGCAAACAGUUUGCUGAAGACAAGCAGACUAAGGACAUGGAUUACUGGAACCAUGUCCUGUGGUCUGAUGAGACCAAGAUAAACUUAUUUGGUUCAGAUGGUGUCAAGUGUGUGUGGCGGCAACCAGGUGAGGAGUACAAAGACAAGUGUGUCUUGCCUACAGUCAAGCAUGGUGGUGGGAGUGUCAUGGUCUGGGGCUGCAUGAGUGCUGCCGGCACUGGGGAGCUACAGUUCAUUGAGGGAACCAUGAAUGCCAACAUGUACUGUGACAUACUGAAGCAGAGCAUGAUCCCCUCCCUUCGGAAACUGGGCCACAGGGCAGUAUUCCAACAUGAUAACGACCCCAAACACACCUCCAAGACGACCACUGCCUUGCUAAAGAAGCUGAGGGUAAAGGUGAUGGACUGGCCAAGCAUGUCUCCAGACCUAAACCCUAUUGAGCAUCUGUGGGGCAUCCUCAAACGGAAGGUGGAGGAGAGCAAGGUCUCUAACAUCCACCAGCUCUGUGAUGUCAUCAUGGAGGAGUGGAAGAGGACUCCAGUGGCAACCUGUGAAGCUCUGGUGAACUCCAUGCAUGGGUUAAAGCAGUGCUGGAAAAUGAUGGUGGCCACACAAAAUAUUGACACUUUGGGCCCAAUUUGGACAUUUUCACUUAGGGGUGUACUCACUUUUGUUGCCAGCGGUUUAGACAUUAAUGGCUGUGUGUUGUGGUAUUUUGAGGGGACAGCAAGCUGUACACUCACUACUUUACAUUGUAGCAAAGUGUCAUUUCUUCAGUGUUGUCACAUGAAAAGAUAUACUCAAAUAUUUACAAAAAUGUGAGGGGUGUACUCACUUUUGUGAGAUACUGUAAAUAUAUUAUUUGUUUAACACUUUUUUGGUUACUACAUGAUUCCAUAUGUGUCAUUUCAUAGUUUUGAUGUCUUCACUAUUAUUCUACAAUGUAGAAAAUAGUCAAAAUAAAGAAAAACCCUGGAAUGAGUAGGUGUGUCCAAACUUUUGACUGGUACUGUACAUGUGAGAGUCAUUAUUGUACUUCACUUUACCAGACUUGACCCAACCUACUCCCAGGCUCAACACACAAUAUAUAACAUUAACAAAGAGAAGAAAUGCAAAGAUAAUAUUGAGUGCGAAUGUACUUACUAUUAAGAUUCGAGGAUUUAUUCACUUUGAAUGUAGAAUAGUCAUAUUUGCUCAUCAAACACCACAACUAAGCCAAAGCUGUUUUCACAUUUCAGUCAUUGUCUAUGUGUUAUGUCUUUCUUCUCUGAAACAAUAAUUUUCAUGCAUUUUGAAAGAUUUAGAAGUCUCUUUAAAAACUAAACUGUAAUGACUUUAAGUGCUUGAAGAUAUUUAUCAUCAGUCUAUCAUAAUAACCAUGUAAUGUGCCAUUUCAUAACAGGAUACUUUCCUCCUAAGGCCAUUUAUGCUUUUAACUUCAUAGGCUGUGUCAAUGUACUCAGUUGUAGGCUCCAAAAUAUGCUAUAGAGACAAAUAUUUUUGGUAUCCAAUACACUCUGAGGAUUUGAUCCAAACAUCUGUCCCACCCCUUGGCUUUGCUUGCUUCUGCACCAUCUCCCUCAACAUGGAACUACAGCUUACCCUCCAACACACUCUACAGCUAUUGGCAGUCUCAAGUUCACCCUUUUUUAAUGUUGUUUUCUCUCUCUUCCUCAUCCCACCCAUCUGCAACAUCAGACGUGGCGAUUGGUGCUAAGGUGAGACCAUGGGCAACGAUGAUAUGAUAGCUACUCUGAAAGCUGUUAUGGACAAAUCACAAUACAAGGGUAUUUUCUGUUGUUGGAUCAGCAAUGUGUUAUUUUAGACCGUGUUAUCAGACUGUAUCAUAUUACGUGAUCAUCUAAACACUGCAUCCACACACUCAAACUAAACAACACUUUAGACGUACAUGAUUUGAGUAUUUGUCUUAAUACAGGUACGUUUAAAUGAUGACCACUGACUUUCUUGUUAAUGUACUCUAUUAGGGCCAGAAAGGGGAACCCGGCGAGAUUGCAGAUGUAAGUAUGCACCCUCAGCCUUACAGUGUAGUAAAAUUAUUUAGCUGCUAUUCUUGACACAGGGAACCUCUUGAUUUUUAUUAUCUCACGCACUGAUUUCUUCUCAGUAUUGUUCAUGUAUACAGUAGCUUAUGGGCUGCUGUAUACAAGGUCAUGCACUAUAGCUCAUGCUUACUCAGAAAGACAUCAGAAUAUUUUUUUGUCAAUCAAAUCAAAGUGAUAAAGGGAUGUUUGGUAAGUGAAGGCACUGAAGGUUUGUUUUAAGUACCCAUGCAUGCCAUUGCCAAGCAUUCGCGAACAAUGGCAUAUAACGUUUUUCAAGACUAUGUGACUAUGUUACAAUAGCCUCACUUACAACUCACAUACAUGCAGUAAAGCUAUCCAAGUCAGUUUUAAAUCAGUAUCUGGGUUGACUCUCCUCAGUAUCUUGGAUGGACAGUCAACAUUCCAUUGAGUGUUACAGAUUACCAAUUUGCCCAUUGUUCUUCUUUUUUUUGGGAAUCAUGUGAUUCCAAGAGAGCCAAAGCCUCCAGUUGAUAAGUGAUUAGCUACCAUGCUUUGAACCUGGUGGUUUUAGACAAAUAUUUUUUUAGGGCCUUGAAUGACAACAUGGAAGGAAGCUUACAUUCCUAGGACAUAAUGGAUCCAAACCAAUCAUCAUACGUCCAUUUAGUUACUGGUAUGCAAGGAUUCUUAGAAAACGAACCCUGACAAGCAGAAGAUGUUUUCAGCUAAACUAACUUGUCUGUCAACAGACUUCCUGGUAAAGUCUAUUUUGUGUUAUUUGUCCAUGGCCACAGUGUCCUGGAAUGUUCUUUCCCAACAUCUUAGCUAUUCAAAUCAGUGCAACCCCACACUGUAUCAAAAACAUCAGGCCUUUGACAAGACUACUUUCAUCCCAACAAGUAUUGAUAUCUGAACAAGCUAUCCUUUCUGUUCCUUUAUCCAGGUUGUAGGAGCAAAUGGACCAGCAGGCCCUAUGGUAAACAUACUCUCAAAUAUGUAUUUGCUCCAUGAAAUAUUAUAUGUGUUGUAUCUUGCCUUGCAGAAUAUCUUUGAUGAGUUCUGAUGUGCAUCUUGCCCCAGAACAUUAUCAUUGAUGAAGUACUCUGUGUGUUGAGCAUAUUGCCCAUCCUAAUAUGUUUGUUUGCGCAGGGCCCCCCAGGCGAGCAGGGACCACGUGGAGCAGCCGGAGAUAAGGGUGAUAAGGUAAGACAGAAUCCCUGUAACUUUAAGGGAUCCGUCUGUGGUAUGGACUGAAAUCAGGGCUAACCAUUCAACAUCUGUAAUUGCUGUGAGAGAUCACUGCAUAGUUUAUUAUGUAUGAGACUUUGAAUUUAGCUCCAUGAUAGUAAGAUAUAUAUGCUGCCUUAUUUUGGAAAACCUCCCCAAAUGGAGAAGAUUCCCCUUUAUAACGGCUAAAAUAAUACAAUAAGAUUCAAACAACAUAGUGGCAUGCAUCCCUAAAGCACCUCAAUAUGUUCUCUGCAGUUAUUCCACCACUGGCCAGGCUAGUAAUGCAGCAAAUUGAAAGGUUAAUUUAUGCAUUACAGUUGAUUGACUGGUUGAUUGGUUGAUUGGUUGGUUGGUUGAUUGAGUGAUUUGUUGAUUGAUUCCGAACAGAAUAACAUUCAGUAACAGUCUCCUAAGGCAGCCUCAACACCAUCAAAGCCAUGCAACAAUAUCGAUCACUCACUUUUCCCAAUUAAAGGUCAUAAUACUGAACAUGUUUAGGUAUUGAACCCAUUGUUGAUUGUGUUUGUCCCUCUCUCCUUUUCCCUAGGGAAAUGUUGGCCCCAGAGGUAGAGAUGGCGAGCCUGGCACCCCCGGGAACCCCGGACCCCCUGGCCCACCCGGACCUAACGGACCCCCAGGCCUUGGCGGGGUAAGUGGCAUAAGACAGAGGAGAGGACAGUAGAUCAGAUGAGAGAGGACGUCACAGCCACAAAUCUCUGUGCCUAUGUCUUUGUCUGUGUGGUGCAGAGAAGCACUCUGCACUCCCUGUUGACAGACUGUAGCAGUAGAGUAUCUGGAAAAUUCUGCGUGUGUGUGUGUGUAUGUGUGUGGGUGAAAGAGACUAAGCUCUAUUUGUUAGUAGAAUAAGGAUAGAGAAAGAAAGAUGGAUGGAUGACACAUUACUAAGCUACUGUACCACAGUAAAUCUCACCAAUAUUAUCCCUCCUGGCAACUACUAAGUAAAUCUGCCACCAUAUUUUUUGUUGCGCCAGAGAAGUGGUGAGGUCAAAUAUCAUGUAUGGCAAAAAUACAGCCUGUGAAAGCUUUGGUAGAUACCAGGGGGCAGUGAAUCUACUGUAGACACUCAAUUCAGUAACAAUGUCUCUUUACCUUUGUUGUGUUUCUGCAGAACUUUGCUGCUCAGAUGGCUGGUGGAUUCGAUGAGAAAGCUGGAGGCGCACAGAUGGGAGUGAUGCAAGGACCUAUGGUAAGGGGACAGGAGACGUUACUCUACAUGAAUUUAACAGAAUCCAGAGGGAUUAAAAAUACUUUAAAAUUAAUGAAUGAAACAUGUAAAAUAAUAGUGUUAAGCUAAAGAGAUAGGUAGGCAUAUGAUGAAUGUAGGGUGGUAGUAGCAUGCUGUAUUACAGACUUGAAGACCGUAUUGAAGCCAGACUGCCACCUUGUGGUAAAAUUGAACUACUGUAUGGAACAUACUGUAGUAUAGAGUGUGCUGUCCUAUUGGUAUAGAAUAUUCUAUAGUGACAGCCAGUAAUGAAUAUACAGAAAUGAUCAUGAAGUAUAUCUUAUUUAUAUUAUCUAUGGACUAUGAAUUUACGUAUCUAUGGAUACGUACUGCAGCAUUUGGAAGCAUAUGGCACCCCCCAUCCCCCAUAAGAGUCAACCUAGAGUAUAUUAUGCCAUCCAUCGACCCAUUGACAUAUACUGUAUAACCAUAGCCUGAGAACUAACUAAUUGUGCAACAUCAUAAGACACAUACACCAUGCUAUUCGAAUACAAUGGCUUGCCUGACAAUUCAAAGGGUUUUGUCAUAAGACAUGACUAAUUAGCAAAUAUCCCAAUAGUCUUUGAGCUAUAAAUUGUUAUAAAUAUUAUGUAUUUCCUCUCCCUCUGUAGGGCCCUAUGGGUCCCCGUGGUCCACCAGGCCCUUCUGGAGCCCCUGUAAGUAUACACACCAUCAUUACUGUGGGCUGGACACCUCUCUAAGCCCUAGUAAUAACCAUAACAGAAGGAUAAUGUUGUUUAAUUGCUACAGUAAAUUAAUAGCUAAUAGCUACAGACAUUGUGUUAGAUGUCUAUGUACAUACGACUCAGUGCUGUAGAAUAUUGCUUGACCCUUUAGAAUUCUGUAUUGAAUGGUUAAGACAUUAUUUUAUGGACUAUCUGUAUUCUAAUAUGCAGUAUUGAUCCCUAUUGUGGACACCCUAAGCUAAUAGCAAUAUGCAGACUAUCAGGAUGUCUUUGACUAAAUGUUCCUUCUAAUCAAUUCCAGGGCCCACAAGGUUUCCAAGGUAACCCCGGAGAGACUGGAGAGCCAGGCCCAGCUGUGAGUAUCCAAAACUAUCCCAGGGUGCACCACAAAUCUCUGUGUCACGAUGCCAAUAUAGAAAUAGAAUGCGUAGAUCUUGGCAGCAGCACCACCACAUUCUAGUAUUAGCUAUCUAGGGAGCCAUUUUCUAUUUUACGCUAUAUGAUUGCAUACUUACCACAUGAAACAGAGAAAUGAGGGUUUAUAGUGAAAGUGUCUAAUAAACCCACUCAGAUGGGCAAUAUAAUGAAUCAAUUCUCACCCUCAGCACUGAUAGUUGUUUUAUGCAUGUAGUUUCUAUAAAUGGCCCUUAUCCGACCCAGUUUGACCUAUAAUCCCUGACCUGUAGAAGUGGAUGGAAUGUCUGCCCAUGUGAGGAUCACAUGGACCUCCAUCCCCAACAGAGCUCAAGUGAAAAUCACCAACAUCAUUACCCUUCAUUAAAAUCAAACCACCAGCAACAAGAAAAUGCCACCGUCCUGUACAUGCUGUGAAUGUCAGAAAUAGACAGGGUUCCCUUUUUAACAUAACUGCCUGCUACAUAACAGUUUCAUUAGAGUUGGCAUUAAGACUUCGAAGUCAAGGUUGAAGGCACUUAAGUUAUGAUGUAAAUGUGGAAUGGCAUUGUUUCAUUUUAGUUAACUAUAGGAAGGUAGCUUCUUACAGUAGUUUGUUCUUAGUCACAACAAUUAAGCCUACAACCUCCAGCCUAAACAAUAACAACCACCUCUCUCUCCUUAUACUAGGGCCCACUGGGACCCCACGGACCCCCUGGACCUUCUGGCAAACCAGGAAGUGAUGUAAGUAUUGUCAUCUACAUUAACAAAACCAGAACCAUGCCAGGCUUAAACCAGAUCCAUGGCUCAGGUCUGAGUUCUGUUGUCAAAGCCAUGCUCAAGUAGAGCACAAGCACAGACCAUGUUAUUUUCACUCUGAGGACAACGAGGACAAAAAGCUUCACUAUCAGAUGUAGAGCUCUAAAUAUGCUGUGUUACUUCAACUUCCUCAUAUGUACAUAGAGCACAUUAUCCUUUGGAAAACAAAGCUCUUACCACCUGCCCAAACUAUCAUAAACAUAUUGACUUGCCAUACUCCAGUAGCCUGAGAGACAGUCUGUUUCUGCUCUCUUGCCAACUUCUUAUGGAAUUGUCAUGCUUGACAAUGAGAAUGGAGAAGGCAAAAGGACAAACAGAUCUGGGACAGGCCAUACUCCAGUGUCCCUUGUUCCAUCAUGAAGAGUGGACCUUGUUUCUUCCCCACUGUUUAAAACCACAAGCAUGAUUCUCUUUGACACAGUAUCACAAAGCAGUUCACAAAGCACCACACUUGCCUACCAUUGUCCCCCAUUGAAUAUCUAUAGUGCAAAUAAUCUUCUGCUCUAUGUCCACAAUCUGCAGUCCCAUAUUUACCUCCCCCCACCCCCAUCACGUACACCUGUGCAUUAUCUUCCUCUAGCUGAAUGAAUCCGCUUGAAAUAUAAAAAGUUAAAUUAGACAUUUAUUAUUCAGUUGAUAAACUCCUGAUAAUCAUAAUCAAUCAUUUCUCCCUCUCUUUAUUUCUAGGGUGAGGCUGGCAAACCUGGAAAGGAUGGUGAGCGUGGACCUGCAGGACCUCAGGUAAACAGAGAGACAGAGGAUAGUCCCAAAAAGUAUACAAAUCCAUAUCCAAAACAUUAGAGCACAUUACCAUGGAUCAUCGUUCUCUAGUUUUUUAUCAUCAAUUGCCUUUGUUACAUCUUCAUAUUUACAGAUCAAUUCAAUAAAAAAUUGAAUAUCUUAAGAAAGAUAGAAGUUCCUUUAACAGAUGAAUCCCACACAGAAUCCUUUAGUAUCCAAUUUCCUAAUUUAUCUCUUUAUUUCAGGGAGCUCGUGGAUUCCCCGGAACUCCUGGUCUUCCUGGAAUCAAAGGACACAGAGUGGGUGUUUCAUUAUGCUUCAUUUAUAAUCACUACUCCAUCAGAAAUGAUAUUAUGAUGUUACACGUCCAACAUGAUUAGCAAGAUAAUAUAUUAGCUAAUUAGUGUUAAUUAAUCAGUCUAAUGAGGCUGAUGUAGAUGAUGUGACUCUUUGCUGUGUCUGUCUGUCUGUCUGUCUGUCUGUCUGUCUGUGUGUAGGGUCACCCUGGUCUGGAUGGAGCUAAGGGAGAGGGCGGUGCUGCUGGAGCCAAGGUAAGACUGCUGCCUAGUCUUCUACUCAUCAAAUUGUUGAAUUUCUAUUCCUGUGUCUAUUUGUGUCUGACUAUCUGACUGACUGUCUGAUUAGCAGUCUGAUUGGCUGACAGAUUGACUGUCUCGUCUCCAUAGGGUGAGGGUGGUGCUCCCGGAGAGAACGGCGCACCUGGACCAAUGGUAAGAGAGCGUUACACCUGUGCAUUACCUGAAUAUUAUGAGUAAAAGCUCUUAUUCGCCUACUGUAUCUCUUAACGUGACCAAGCUGAGUGUUCAUCUCGUGUCUCUGUCUCCUGUAGGGACCACGUGGUCUGCCUGGCGAGAGAGGCCGUCCCGGACCUUCUGGAGCUGCUGUGAGUAACACAGACGUGACUUUAACUCUCUCUGAUUUAAAUACAUUUACAUUUUACAUUUUAGUCAUUUAGCAGACGCUCUUAUCCAGAGCGACUUACAGUUAGUGAGUGCAUACAUUUUUUCAUACUGGCCCCCCGUGGGAAACGAACCCACAACCCUGGCGUUGCAAGCGCCAUGCUCUACCAACUGAGCUACACGGGGCUAAUACACUCUUGAAUAAUACAUGAACUCAACAAUCCAGGUAAUAAUACACCAAAUGAUCCAAAUCCCUGAAUGAUAUGCCUAAUAGCUUUGAACAUUUAUGUCCCCAAUCCCAAUCAAUCCUAACCAGACCCAGUGACAUUCUGUACACUAGCCUACCAGACAAUCCCAGCCCAGUGUUUAGGACUUUCUCUUUGGUUAAUGUUAACACCUGAUGACCUACUCAAUAUGUGCUGUGUAGCAAAUCAAUUAAUCAAAAUUACAAUUAUGUUUAGGUAAGCGUGCUCAAUGGUGUAAAUGUGUCCAUCGAUUAUCACCCACAGUACUGUACCAUCAUAAUGUCUCCCAUGUCUGCUCUCUCCUCAGGGUGCCCGUGGUAAUGAUGGCUUGCCUGGCCCUGCUGGUCCUCCCGUACGUAUGGCACUCUUCAUGUUGCUUCCUCACUGUUUCAAAGACAUAUAGGUUUUAUUAUUAUUGUACAACAGUGGUUUCCAUCCAGGGGUACUCCGGGUAGAGCAAAAUUAAGUUGGUGGUACAGUAACCGAAAAAGGUUGGGAACCACUGGUUGUACAAGAUACCAUCAAUGCAAUGCAGAAAUCAAUUAUGCACUUCACGUAUUACAACACAAUCACAAUUGUACCCAUUUUCAAAUACUUUUGAAUAGAUUUAGAAUUGGUUGACUGUUUCUUCCAGUCAAUGUUGUAUUUUUGUGAAAUAAUAGCAAAACCAGGAUGUAGUACGUUUGUGAACUGACCUCUGAUCCCUACAGGGGCCUGUUGGACCUUCUGGAGCACCCGGUUUCCCUGGAUCCCCAGGAGCAAAGGUUUGUACUAUUUACAAUUAUGUGUCUAUAGUGCAUCAUGUCAGUCAUAACCCGAUUGAACCCAAUGGAAGCCUAUUGAUGUGACAAACGGUGUGUCUGUUGAUUUCCCAAUCAUCAUGGAGGUCAGACAUUUAAUUUCACUACAACGCUAGUGAAAGCUCUGAUAAGAUGAUCAAUAAUGAUAAGCUGCAAUGAGAUGAGAUUCUCACAGAGUCACUCUACCUCAAGGACAUAUUGAACAGUCACUGUAUAUCUAUCGAUCACAUCUCUGGGAGACAAACUCCAAUCACCAUACCAUUUGACUUCAUCACUGAGUACAGUUUGAAUAACAGUUACACAGUAAAGCAACAGCAGUCCUAAUGGUCAUCUGAAUCUCUUCCAUCCUACAGGGAGAAUCUGGCCCCACUGGUGCCCGUGGAGCUGAGGGCGCACAGGGACCCCGCGGAGAGGCUGGCACACCCGGAUCUCCUGGACCCGCUGGCGCCUCUGUACGUAACAUCCAGGCCAUCUGUGAUAGAGUCUGAAGUGGAUAAUCUCAUACUGAUGAUCUCUCAUCAUUUAACUGAUGCAUUGUUUUCAUCUCGUAACCUUGUCUCUGUUCCUCUGUUCCUUUAGGGCAACCCUGGUACUGAUGGUAUCCCCGGAGCUAAAGGAUCUGCUGUAAGCAUAUUCUUACACUAUAUGGGUUUAGAAUGUACUCUCUACACGCUUUAUAUACUCAGCAUGAAAUAAACACUGCUCUUAUUUCAUUAUCAGUCUACUACUCAGUCAGUAAUACUCAAUUACUUUCUCUCUCUCUUUCUGUAGGGCGCUUCUGGAAUUGCUGGUGCACCUGGUUUCCCAGGACCCCGUGGCCCCCCCGGACCUCAGGGAGCAACAGGACCUCUUGGGCCCAAGGGACAGUCUGUAAGUUCCCUAUAUUCACUCCAAAACCUGGACACACCAAUUAUAUGUUGGUGGUGCUGUAGGUUGGUUUACAUUGGUUAGUCUUGGAGGGUGUAUGGGGAGGUGGGGUCAUGACAGAUAAUGUGCUGUGGAUCACAUUGCUCCUAUUUCAGCUGUUUUUGACUUUGCCCCUGUUUAUGUUGUAGGGAGACCCCGGUAUUCCUGGCUUCAAAGGAGAGGCUGGUCCCAAGGGAGAGCUUGUGAGUUCUGUUUUGAUGGAACAUAUAUCAUUCAUAUCAAAUCUGCACUUUUUCAUUCUACUGAGAUGGAGCUGGAAGUAUGUUUGGAAUUAAUCUGGUAUCUUCUUGGUCACCCCCUGUAGGGCCCUGCUGGUCCCCAAGGUGCCCCUGGCCCUGCUGGAGAGGAGGGCAAGAGAGGAGCAAGAGGAGAGCCCGGUGCUGCUGGACCACUUGGACCUCCUGGCGAGAGAGUAAGGAUCUGAACCAUCACAGAUCUCACCACAGAUUUUGUUUUGUUUUUGUUCUUAGUCAUUGGGUCAUAUCAGUUCUUCCCAUAUCCUAUUCCUCAUCUUGGAAAUCUUCUCUCUUCUCUCUGUCCUUGUUUCUAGGGAGCUCCCGGUAACCGUGGUUUCCCAGGUCAGGAUGGUCUUGCUGGUUCUAAGGUAGGUCUUACAAUGCUGAUUUGACACUUUUACAGUUCUCAAUGCCACGUCUCACCUGAUAUGCAGGAAUGGAGUAGUUGCAAAAUCACAAUAACAACAAAUUCUAAAUAAUGAGUCCCUAACUGUAAGAUGUUGUUGUAGACUGCUGAGUAGUUUCAAAACAACCAAACCUGUUAUAUUGUACUACUGUUAUCCUAUUGUAGCAGCUAUGAUUAAUACAAUAGCCAGUCACAAUUUAUAAACCAUGUAGUUUAAGCUUGAGUGAUAAAUGCAUAUAAUACUAAUACCUCUCUUCCUCCCCAGGGAGCCCCUGGUGACCGUGGUGUUCCCGGCGUGGGUGGGCCUAAGGGAGGCACUGGUGACCCCGGCCGCACAGGAGAGCCUGGUCUUCCUGGAGCCAGAGUGAGUAGUAGUACCCCUGGUCCCCACCACCGCCAUCAUCACAAUCAGCCAGAACAGUCAUACACAAGAGCUGUGGCUCAUCAUGGCUUUAAAUUGGUGUCCGUCUUCAUGUAUUAGGUUGACACUCUCUCAUUAUGUGUGAUGCUCACAGGGUCUCACUGGUCGCCCUGGAGAUGCUGGUCCUCAAGGCAAAGUUGGUCCUGGUGUAAGUAUGCAUCUUUUACCGUCUAGACCACAUACUGUAUUCCACUCAAACAUUUUGCCAUACAAUUAACCAAGAUUUGGUGCAGUAAUACAGAGUUUUCCUUUCUAAACCCAUGAGAUGUACAAGAUAUCACUGGAGAUCUUGUACAUGUAAUACCAUGUACGAGAUCUCGAGUGAUGUUGACAUGCUCCUCUCUCCUCGGUAUGUGGUACUGUAGGGUGCUGCUGGUGAGGACGGUCGCCCCGGCCCACCUGGUCCUCAGGGAGCACGUGGCCAGCCUGGUGUGAUGGGAUUCCCCGGACCAAAGGGAGCCAAUGUAAGUGUCACAGGGGUUUCCAAUAAAGUUUUGAUACCCAGAGGGAAGAAAUUGCCUGUAGAUCUGCCUCCAGCACCAGAUACAGACAGUAUCUGACAGUACAGGCACAGAACUAUGUAAACGUCCCCUUUAAGUCCCCUUGCACUUGAUGUCCAUGCUUCUUCUCUGUGACUGACCAGUGUUUUUUUCCUUCGACAGGGUGAGCCUGGCAAGGCAGGAGAGAAGGGUCUUGUGGGUCGUCAAGGUCUGAUAGUAAGUAGAUUAACGUUUUAGAUUAUCUUCCUGUAACCCUUGGUCUUAGCAAAGUUGAGUUCAUAUCUGUACAAUUUUGGUGUGUAACCCCCACAAAGUUUGAAGAAAUAAAACAGUGGAGGACCGGACAUCGAUCCAUGUCUUUCCUUUGCAGUGGUGGUUCAUGAAGAACUGAUAAAUGUUUCUCUCUCUGAAAAGGGUCUGGCUGGUAAAGAUGGUGAGACUGGUGCUGCUGGACCUCUCGGCCCUCCUGUAAGUGUUCAACCUCUGACAGACAUAUUGUAAAAUACAACACAGCAAUAUGAACUCUUUUAGACAGUUCUUAAGGAGACAUCUAUUUUAGACAUGACAACUGCACCCCAUAGUAAUAUAAUCAAUUUCUUUGGUGCACCCAUAACAACAUAAGUGUAGCCAUAGUAUCUGUAAUAGCUAGCAUCUCUCUUUGAGCACGAGAAUGCAAUGGCAUUCCCAAACUUACACACAGCUCCACAAGGUGCUAAUGCUGUGUGAAUCACCUGAUCACCAGUUUUGAUCACCUGAGUUUGCUUCCAUCCCAGGGACCUGCUGGAGAGAGAGGAGAGCAAGGAGCUGCUGGACCUUCAGGCUUCCAGGUGAGUUCACCUUACUUUUCUGGAUCGGCUAGAACAUAAAUGAUUAUAUUCGGAAUAACUUGAUGUCAAUUUUUUAUGAUGUCAUAGGAAUCACUGAUUGUCUUGUGUUGUUGUGCAGGGUCUGCCCGGACCUGCUGGCCCCCCAGGAGAGGGAGGCAAGCCUGGUGAUGCGGUGAGUGUCCACACUGCCACAGCAACACACCAGGCCUGUCCAGGUCCCUGAUUAUUGAACACAUUAGGAACAUCUAACCAUGUUACUCACAUCAUUUUUUAUUUACAUUUUACUCAUUUAGCAGACGCUCUUAUCCAGAGCGACUUACAUGAGCAAUUAGGGUUAAGUACCUUGCUCAAGGGUACAUCGACAGAUUUUUCACCUAGUCGGCCAGGGGAUUAGAACCAGCGACCUUUCGGUUACUGGCACAAAGCUCUUAACCACUAAGCUACCUGCCGCCCUACAUCACAUUUGUUAUCAAACACCUCAGCACUUUAUCCUGAUCAAGUUAUACUAGCAAACACAAGCACCUGCUGUAUUCUAAAUGUAUUAUUUAUCUACUGUAAAAGUACGCAGCUACAAUGUCUCUCUCCUCUCUCUCUGCAGGGUGUUCCUGGAGAGGCUGGUGCUGCUGGUGCUACUGGACCUAGAGUGAGUUUUCAUUUUUACAAUAAGUCUGAUUUAGAUGUUUUUCUCUCUUACUGUCAUAAUCAUCUACUUAGCCACCGCCAUCUACUUGUCAAACCUUUAAGUCUGUAGUCCUUCCUGUUUCUGCCUCUCACCUCCUGUCUCUCUGCUCCCUUAUAGGGUGAGCGUGGCUUCCCUGGUGAGAGGGGCGGUGCUGGACCCCAGGGUCUGCAGGGACCUCGUGGACUUCCUGGAACUCCCGGAAGUGAUGGACCGAAGGUUAGGAGCCACUCCUUUCAGCCAACCUUGUCUUCAAUAAGAGUUUCCGCUGUUAUUGGGCACUUGGAGAACUUCUGAAUCCCUAUAGUCUGGCAAUCACAAUGCCACUACUGAAGAGAGAAACAUCAGAAACAGUGUGAUCAGCCAUCUUCUAAAUCCAUGUUCCUCCUCUCUGACAGGGAGCAAUUGGGCCAGCUGGUGGUGCUGGAGCUCAGGGACCCCCAGGUCUGCAGGGUAUGCCAGGAGAGAGGGGAGCUGGUGGAAUCUCUGGAGCCAAGGGUGACAGAGUGAGUAACAACCCUAAAGAAGAUACUCUAAUCAUAGUCGUUGAAAACUAGACGGUGGAUUGCAAGGUUAUAUCAUGGUGUCUGCUAGAUACAUACUAAGAUGUCAUGGUCUUCUGUGUCUACAGGGUGACAACGGAGAGAAAGGACCUGAGGGCGCUCCUGGAAAGGACGGUUCUAGAGUGAGUACUCAGCAGAAGCAGGGAAUAUAGCCACACUCUCCUGUGGCAACUCUGUCAGCAUAUCAAAAUACAAUGAUCCAAUGACCCCAUGUGAGGUCGAUAAUAACCCCAUCUCUCUCCUCUCCAUCUUUCUUCUCUCCUCCCUCUCAGGGUUUGACUGGUCCCAUUGGUCCUCCUGGCCCUGCUGGUCCCAACGGCAUAAAGGUGAGAAUUACCAUAGGAAUGACGAAAUACACCUGUUAUAAUGUUUGUAAUGUAGUAAAUGUACAGUAUGUGUACAGUAUGGGUUUGUCACUCCUCUCUCCUUCCCUCUCAGGGUGAGGGUGGACCUUCUGGCCCAACUGGUGCUGCUGGUGCCCGUGGUGCUCCUGUAAGUUGGAUCUCUCCGCCUCCAGUUUCAUAUAGUCCGUUUUUAGAUUUGUAUUAAAUCAAUCAUGUUGUCAACAUGCCCAGGUUUGAAAUGUACAAAGUGAAACUACCUUAACUACAGUACAGAGAGCAGGAAGAAACUAGAGAACCAGUCCCUACCAUGAAACAAUGUAGAGCUCUACAGAUCCAAAUAUUUAGUCAAAGUCACCAGACAUUAUGAUUUCAAGAUAUUGUUCAUAUUGAUUCUAAGAACACUCACUAUCCAAGUUUCCCGGCAUAUACAGUUAUGAUUAGUAAAGGAAUUUCCAAGUACACCAUCUUGAAUCCCUCAGAAUGCAUUUCAUCCCAAAAAUUUUUACUUCUUGAGUAUAGCCUCCUUCACGUUCAAUCACAGCACCUGCAACUUGAUGGUCAGGACCACAUACAUGUACAGUUAGAUUGUCUUUCUCUGUGGACCUGUUUUGAGCCCAUCUUUCUUCUCUCUUCCUGUAGGGUGACCGUGGUGAGGGUGGUCCUCCCGGGCCUGCUGGCUUCGCUGGGCCUCCUGUGAGUAGAACCACAGCAAGCACAUCAGUUUCAAUGUAAACAAUAAUCGAAUCCAUAUAAAACGUUGGAUCUUUAUUGACCUGCAUUUCCAUCCUCCAACCUCCAGGGUGCAGAUGGUCAGCCUGGAGCCAAGGGAGAGUUGGGCGAGGCUGGACAGAAGGGAGAUGGUGGUGCCCCUGGACCUCAAGGACCCUCUGGGGCACCUGGACCUGUGGUAGGUACCCCUUGAAAUUCACUUUGAGAUACCAAAUACCUGUAUGUCCCAGAGACAGAUGUCUUAUUGCCCAAGACAUUACCAUUCUAUAAGUCUAUAAGAAAUGGAGAGUAUUUGAGAACACAAUUGAUGCACUUCUUGUUUCUUUGUUCUUGUUUCUUUGUCUAAUUGUGUUUCUGGUUGAUUUUUAUUCCAGGGUCCCACUGGUGUUUCUGGACCUAAAGGAGCUCGGGGUGCCCAGGGGGCUGCUGUAAGUCCACAGUUCCAAUGAUAAGAGAUUAUUACCCAAUAGUAAGUGACAAUAUAAAAUGCUAUGUUCUGUAAUUGCUUUUACUGAAAUAUUGUCUUGUUGGUAGGGUGCUACUGGUUUCCCUGGUGCUGCUGGAAGAGUUGGUUCUCCUGGUCCUAAUGUGAGUAUCACGUCAUCACAAAUAUCAAUAGACAAUAGAAAGUCACCUUUUCAUUCAGAUUACCUGUGUAUAUCUGUGUGAUUGAAAUAUGCUGCAUCUCUCCAUUUCCCUCCGUCAGGGUAACCCUGGUGCUGCUGGCCCCGCUGGUCCUGCUGGUAAAGACGGUCCUAAGGGAGUUCGAGGUGACGCUGGCACUCCAGGAAGACAGGGAGACGCUGGGCUGCGUGGAGCUGCUGGAGCCCCUGGCGAGAAGGGAGAUGCUGGAGAGGAUGGUCCCCCUGUGAGUCUUCCCCCUCCACUCUUAUAUGAUAUCUCAUGGAGGAAAUGUCACCCAGCCUUUUACCCCUUGUAGGCUUAGUAACACCAACUCAGCCACCUUGGUUAUCUAUCACUUCAUUUCAAUGUGCCUGACUUUCUAGAACUGGAGUUGUGAAGUCAAUGAGCUAGAGCUGGAGUUGUGAAAAUGAGCUAGAGCUGGAGUUGUGAAGUCAAUGAGCAAGAGCUGGAGUUGUGAAGUCAAUGUAUUAAACUGAUCUAUUGUCUCCUCUAUCUCUAAGGGUCCCGAUGGUCCUUCAGGUCCCCAGGGUCUGGGUGGGUCACGUGGUAUUGUUGGUCUGCCUGGGCAGCGUGGAGAGAGGGGCUUCCCUGGCCUUCCUGGUCCUUCUGUGAGUAUCUCACCCCUGAUAGUACUACUACACUUGCAGUAGGCUAUGAACUUGAAAGCCAGGUCAUCGUUACGGAACCAUUGCUCUUACUGGUCCAGUUCUAUGUUAAGCUCUCUUUAUAAGCUAUUGAUUCAAAAUGUUCAUGACAAUUGGCUUGAGAACCUUUAAAUCCAGGUUCAUAUAACUCCCACUAGUCCUGCACCAUUGAGUAGUAACUAAGCAACAUAGAUACCCUAAUAUCAUAUCUGGGAUGACUGGAGUGAUUGUCUGUGUAAUAUCAUGGAGUCUUGAUAUCAACAUACACUACCAGUCAAAAGUUUGGACACACCUACUCAUUCAAGGAUUUUUAUUUAUUUUUACAUUGUAGAAUAAUAGUGAAGACAUCUAAACUAUGAAAUAACACAUAUGGAAUCAUGUAGUAAACAAAAAAGUGUUAAACAAAUCAAAGUAUAUUUUAUAUUUGAGAAUCUUCAAAUAGCCACCCUUUGCCUUGAUGACAGCUUUGCACACUCUUGGCAUUCUCUCAACCAGCUUCACCUGGAAUGCAUUUCCAACAGUCUUGAAGGAGUUCCCACAUAUGUUGAGCACUUGUUGGCUGCUUUUCCUUCACUCUGCGGUCCAACUCAUCCCAAACCAUCUCAAUUGGGUUGAGGUCAGGGGUUUGUGGAGGCCAGGUCAUCUGAUGCAGCAAUCCAUCACUCUCCUUCUUGGUAAAAUAGCCCUUACACAGCCUGGAGGUGUGUUGGGUCAUUGUCCUGUUGAAAAACAAAUGAUAGUCCCACUAAGCCCAAACCAGAUGGGAUGGCGUAUAGCUGUAGAAUGCUGUGGUAGCCAUGCUGGUUAAGUGUGCCUUGAAUUCUAAAUAAAUCACAGACAGUGUCACCAGCAAAGCACCCCCACACCAUAACACUUCCUCCUCCAUGCUUUACGUUGGAAAAUACACAUGCAGAGAUCAUCCGUUCACCCACACCGCGUCUCACAAAGGCACGGCUAGUUGGAACCCAAAAUCUCAAAUUUGGACUCCAGACCAAAGGACAAAUUUCCACCGGUCUAAUGUCCAUUGCUCGUGUUUCUUGGCCCAAGCAGGUCUCUUCUUCUUAUUGGUGUCCUUUAGUAGUGGUGUCUUUGCAGCAAUUCGACCAUGAAGGCCUGAUUCACACAGUCCCCUCUGAACGGUUGAUGUUGAGAUGUGUCUGUUACUUGAACUCUGUGAAGCAUUUAUUUGGGUUGCAAUUUCUGAGGCUGGUAACUCUAAUGAACGUAUCCUCUGCAGCAGAGUUAACUCUGGGUCUUCCAUUCCUGUUGCAGUCCUCAUGAGAGCCAGUUUCAUCAUAGCCACUUGAAGAAACUUUCAAAGUUCUUGAAAUGUUCCGAAUUGACUGACCUUCAUGUCUUAAAGUAAUGAUGGACUGUCGUUUCUCUUUGCUUAUUUGAGCUGUUCUUGCCAUUAUAUGGACUUGGUAUUUUACCAAAUAGGGCUAUCUUCUGUAUACCCCUGCUACUUUGUCACAACACCACUGAUUAGCUCAAAUGCAUUAAGAAGGAAAGAAAUUACACAAAUUAACUUUUAAGAAGGCACACCUGUUAAUUGAAAUGCAUUCCAGGUGACUACCUCAUGAAGCUGGUUGAGAGCAUGCCAAGAGUGUGCAAAGCUGUCAUCAAGGCAAAGGGUGGCUAUUUGAAGAAUCUCAAAUAUAAAAUAUACACUACCGUUCAAAAGAUUGGGGUUAGUUGCAAAGUAAAAGCCAUAUCUCAGACUGGCCAAUAAAAAUUAAAGAUUAAGAUGGGCAGUCUGAGAUAUGGCUUUUUCUUUGCAACUCUGCCUAGAAGGUCAGCAUCCCGAAGUCGCCUCUUCACUGUUGACGUUGAGACUGGUGUUUUGCGAGUACUAUUUAAUGAAGCUGCCAGUUGAGGACGUGUGAGGCGCCUGUUUCUCAAACUAGACACUAAUGUAUUUGUCCUCUUGCUCAGUUGUGCACCGGGGCCUCCCACUCCUCUUUAUAUUCUGGUUAGAGCCAGUUUGCGCUGUUCUGUGAAGGGAGUAGUACACAGCGUUGUACGAGAUCUUCAGUUUCUUGGCAAUUUCUCGCAUGGAAUAGCCUUAAUUUCUCAGAACAAGAAUAGACUGACGAGCUUCAGAAGAAAGUUAUUUGUUUCUGGCCAUUUUGAGCCUGUAAUCGAACCCACAAUUUCUGAUGCUCCAGAUACUCAACUAGUCUCAAGAAGGCCAGUUUUAUUACUUCUUUAAUCAGCACAACAGUUUUCAGCUGUGCUAACAUAAUUGCAAAAUUGUUUUUUAAUGAUCAAUUAGCCUUUUAAAAUGAUAAACUUGGAUUAGCAAACACAACGUGCCAAUUGGAACACAGGACUGAUGUUUGCUGAUAAUGGGCCUCUGUACGCCUAUGUAGAUAUUCCAUAAAAAAUCAGCUGUUUCCAGCAACAAUAGCCAUUUACAACAUUAACAAUGUCUACACUGUAUUUCUGAUCAAUUUGAUGUUAUUUUAAUGGACAAAAAAAAAAAAAGUGACCCCAAACUUUUGAACGGUAGUGUAUUUUGAUUUGUUUAACACUUUUGUGGUUACUACAUAAUUCCAUAUGUGUUAUUUCAUAGUUUUGAUGUCUUCACUAUUAUUCUACAAUGUACAAAAUAGUAAAAAAUAAAGAAAAACCCUUGAAUGAGUAGGUGUGUCCAAACUUUUGACUGGUACUGUACAUUCAAUAUGACAGAUCUACAUCAAGACUUCUUUCUCCUUAAAACUGUCACAAAGAAGUCAAUCACUCAGUGACCCAUUGGCUGUAACGGAGAUGCAUUCAAAACGUUAAUUUCCAUCAUACUACGUCCUACAACAGACUUCUAAUGGGGUUUUGCUGCUUUUCUUAGCACAUAGGGGCUUUUAGCCAGUUGCUGAAGUCCUACUUUGCAUGCAAAUGAAUAGUUAAGUCCAUUAAUCCAUUGACUAGUCAAAUGUUACAUCCUUGCGGUUAUAGUGAUGACGUCUGACACUUACUCGCUGAUGUUGAGUCUGAUGUCCAUGUUCUGUGUGUCCCAGGGAGAGCCCGGUAAGCAGGGAGCUCCUGGUGCUGGUGGUGAUCGUGGACCCCCUGGGCCUGUGGGGCCUCCUGGACUGUCUGGACCUGCUGGUGAGCCCGGAAGAGAGGUCAGAACUAAACCACAACAACACAAGCCACAACAACAAUAUAAACCACAACAACAAAUAUAGGCCACUGUAGCUGCACGCAGCAAUUACCGGGGUAAAGGCCAUAGCUGCACUAUAGUGCCACCAGCUGGCCAAUAUAAUUACACCUCUAGGUUGAGCUACUGCAACAACCAUAGCAACGACAACAGCAAUAUAAACAACAACAACAAUACCCACAACAACAUCAAUAAUCACCAGAACAACAGCAACUUUCCAAAACAAAAACCCUCCCUCCACACACAUAUACAAUAACCACAAAACAGAAAUGUAAACAAUGACCACAACAGUAACAAUAACAACCAAAACAAACAACAAUGACACAACAGAAAACAAAAAAACACAACCACAACUACCAUAGUCAAUCGCAAACACCAACAGCAACCAUCUGUAUUUCUACAGCACCAUUAACCCAUGGAUCCCAAACGUGUUGCUUUGGCAGCUACUUCACGACUGGAAGCCAAUACAUUUCAUUUAUUGAUUAAAUCUCUGUCUCUACCUCACAGGGCAAUGCUGGAUCUGAUGGGCCCCCUGGUAGAGAUGGAUCCACCGGAGUCAAGGUGAGACACACCAAAUUUUAUAAAAUGUUAUUUGUCACAUGCACCGAAUAUAACAGGUAUAGGCUACAACUGUUGUAUUCGGUGCAUGUGACAAAUAAAACACUGUGUAGUAGACCUUAGAGUGAAAUCCCAGCAAACAUUCCCAGAACAUUAGCUAAGAUUUCCAUUAAGUUAGGGUUUUAUCUAACAUUAGGAUGAUAAUCACAAAAACAUUCAAAUAAUAUUUUUGAUAACAAAAUGUUUUUGUUUUCUUAUGUUUUAAAUGAAAUAUUCAAACAUUCACAAAAAUGUUGUGCAUAACAUCUGUAACAACCACCACAGACCAUUCUCCAAACGUUCUCAUUAGGUUUCCAGGUAAUGUAACAACACAAUAUACCAGUAAAGAAUUAAAUGUGUUCUGGGAACGUUCUUGCAAUAUCAGGCACACAACUGGACAGUUUUUGUGUUAUGAGAACAUUUGCCGCAUCCCAACAAAUGUUCCAGGAACUUUCACAUAACGAAUUUUGGUUUGCUGAGAUGCUUACUUUCCUGCAUUAUACACCAAUCAGUCCAAUUGAUGGAUAAGAUAUCAAAUGUUCUUGAGAUGUCCUUAUAUCCUAUGAUCUUCUCUCCACCUGUAGGGUGAGCGUGGUAACACUGGUCCUGCAGGUGCACCUGGUGCCCCUGGCGCUCCCGGUGCCCCCGGCCCUGUUGGCCCCCUUGGCAAGCAGGGAGACAGAGGAGAGGGAGUGAGUACCCCUACAAAACUAUACACAAUAUGAAUUAGAGAAAUGUUGGUGUUUUGUAAUUGAUAGUACCUCACUCUUGUUUUUAGGGUGCCCAAGGACCUGCCGGACCUGCUGGACCAGCUGGUGCUAGAGGAAUGGCUGUGAGUGUCAACGUUCAUCAUUGUGAAACGCAUAUACCAUUCUCUAAUAAACUAUACCUACUGUAGCUGUACCCGCAUUGGCACCCUGAGUUGUGACACUCUCUGCCUCUCUACAUCAGGGACCCCAAGGACCACGUGGAGACAAGGGAGAGGCUGGCGAGACAGGAGAGAGGGGACAGAAGGGACACCGUGGCUUCACCGGUCUGCAGGGUCUUCCCGGACCUCCAGUAAGUCACCCAAAUCCUCUGGCCACUCUGCACCAGUUAUUAUACCUCUCUAUCCGCAUAGAACUAUAUUGCCUGACUUUCAAUGUAAUUUGCCAGUCAUUCAAUACACUCCAUGUGGAAUAAAUUAUGUUCCCUGACUUCCUGACGUCAUUGUCUUAACUAACAGGGCUCCGCUGGAGACCAGGGAGCUGCUGGACCUGCCGGACCUAGUGGCGCUAAGGUGAGUCCAGACGAAAGAGAAGAGCUGGUGGAGAGAAGGACAGAACACUUCUCUAAUCCCUCCAUAUCUGAUAAGACAAAUAGAGACUACUCCUAUACAGUAGUUAUCCCAUGCUAUGAUAAUGAGGGGCACAGGCUAGUCAUAAUCCACCAACACCAAUUAUAAUCUAGUUAUAAUCCUCCAACACCAUAAGGUAGAGGAUGGAAAUAGCCACUGUGUUUUUAAUUAGCCUAUUCUAUGAUAACAGGGAAGGCUAAUGCUUUUGUGAUUACCACAUGUUAUGGUAGAGUGGAAGACAGACAGGAGAGGCUACUACUUUAAAAAUAAUCCAUAAAGAUUAAUUACAUGAUAAAGAGGAGGAAAGGGCUGGCCACUACAACGUGAAUCAUUUUGACCCAAAGUGAGAUAAAUGCUACAUUUGUGAUGUCCGAUAAGCAGGUUGUUCUUGAAUUAAAGAGUGUACUCUCACUCAUAAUCAACAACAAUUGAACAAAAACGUUAUAUCAGGUAAAAGUUUAAAACAAUGUGAAACUAAACACUUAAGGGAGACUUCCAUGCAUUCAUGCUAUGCUAGCAUCCAUGUGAAUGAGCCAUGACUGACCCACCCUAUCUAUCUCCUCAGGGACCCCCUGGCCCAGUUGGUCCCGCUGGUAAGGAUGGAUCUAACGGUCAGCCUGGACCCCUCGGACCCCCUGGACCUCGUGGUCGUUCUGGAGAAACUGGCCCUGCUGUGAGGAACGCUUGGCAACCUUAGACUUACCUGAAUAUACUAUAUAUACUGUACAUGUAGCAGCAAAGUCUUCAUAUUUUAAACAUGUCAUCUCCAUCCUCCUUCAGGGUCCACCUGGUAACCCCGGACCACCUGGUCCUCCUGGUCCUCCCGGCCCUGGCAUCGACAUGUCUGCCUUUGCUGGCCUGUCUCAGCCUGAGAAGUCUCCGGAUCCCCUGAGGUACAUGAGGGCUGAUGAGGCGUCCAGCUCCCUGAGGCAGCACGACGUGGAGGUGGACUCCACACUCAAGUCCCUCAACAACCAGAUCGAGAACCUGCGCAGCCCCGAUGGUAGCCAGAAGAACCCUGCCCGCACCUGCAGAGACCUCAAACUGUGCCACCCCGAGUGGAAGAGCGGUGAGUGGGGGAACGGGCAGAGGAGAGGGAAAAGAUAGUGAAUGGAAAGAGAAAAGAGAGAAAUGGAAUUAUGGAAUUUUGUUUUUCAUUCAUUGAGGAAGAUUCCCCCAAAAUAUACAGUGUAGAAAGGUAAGAACACGUGUAUAACAUGAUCAGUCCAAACAGUGCUAGGGUUUGAACCAUUUGUCCUCUGAUCCUCUCGUUCUCCAGGCGACUACUGGGUGGAUCCUAACAUUGGCAGCACAGCUGACGCCAUCAAGGUCUUCUGCAACAUGGAGACUGGCGAGACCUGUGUGUACCCCAGCAUAGCCAACGUGCCACAAAAGAACUGGUGGACAAGCAAGAGCAAGGACCGCAAACACGUCUGGUUCGGAGAGACCAUGAAUGGAGGAUUCCACGUGAGCCUCUUCUUUAUAUGAAUAAUAAUUUCACUGGCACCUUUGAGUGAAACAUAGCUACUCCUUUAGUAGGAUAACUUCAUUUCAAGGGUUACCCUGAUCAUCAGUCAAACCCUUCCUCAGUGUUUCCUUUUAUGAAUUACAGACUGAACUUAUAUUUCAGCCUUGCAGAUAAUUGAUAGACAUCACAUAAAGUCCUACCAUCCAUAAAACUAUGUAUGACCUCCAUUUUUGUGACUGCCCUCUUCCUUACCACGUCACAUUUAACCCUCCCUCUCUGGCUCCCUCUAUAGUUCAGCUACGCUGAGGACAGUACCAACGCUGCCAGUAUCCAGCUGACAUUCCUGAGGCUGCUGUCCACGGAAGCGUCUCAGAAUCUCACCUACCACUGCAAGAACAGUGUGGCCUACAUGGAUGCAUCCACCGGCAACCUGAAGAAGAGUCUGCUGCUCCAGGGCUCCAACGAAGUUGAGAUCAGAGCCGAGGGCAACAGUCGCUUCACCUACAGCGUUGUGGAGGAUGGCUGCAAGGUGAGAGGGAUAUGCACUGUAAAGUAAGGUCAGGGAAAAUAUGGACAUAGUAAAGUAGGACCAUGGGGGAAGGCACAGUGAAGUCAAGGUCUAAAAAAACAGCAUUUUUCUGUUAUUGUAGUCUAUGGGAAUAUAUAGUGGUUUAAUGUGCUUCAACACGUCUCUGUUGUCGUCCCACAGAAACACACAGGCCAGUGGGGCAAGACUGUCUUCGAGUACAAAACACAGAAGACCUCCCGUCUGCCCAUCGUGGACAUUGCUCCCAUGGACAUUGGAGGAGCGGACCAGGAGUUCGGUGUGGACGUGGGUGCAGUCUGCUUCUUG